UGAACUGCAAAAAAUAUCUAUAUCAGAAGUUCUGGUUGUAUUGUUCUAUUUAUUAUUUUUAUGACACCUCUUUGUCAACUUAUUAUUUAUGUCAAUAAGUUGAAUUGAAUUUUAGUGACAUAUUAAGGAUUUUACUACAAGGAUUAUAGUUAGUAGCGAGAAUACGAGAAAAUAUUAUUUAAUUUUUUCAAAUUGCAUGGUAAUAAACUAUGGCUUUUGCGCCGGAAUUGAGGACUCACGCACAAAAAGUUUGCACUCUUUACAAAAAAGCAAUGAGACAAAUCGAGAGCUACUAUGUAGCAAGAUUUGUCGUAAGGUACCACCAGGUGAUACUGAGGUCACGCUUUGACAAGAAUAAGUGCGAAAAGGACCCCAAAGAACAACGUCGGCUGUACUGGGUUGGAGAGCAUGAAUUGUUUGACAAGACCCAUCCCAUUCCUAUUGCCAAAUUCACUCAUUCUACCGGCAUAGCUGGAGGGCCCGCGUUCGAACGUGUAGUGCAGCCCCCGGACUGGGUGCUGGACUACUGGCACCCGCUGGAGAAGGCGCAGUACCCACAGUACUUCCGUUGUCGCGAGGCGCGCAAGUGCGAAUACAUACGUCACUGGCAAAAUGGCACGCUCAUGUAAACCGACGACCACAUGAAUAAUAAAGUACUUAUGUUUUAUGUA